CAGAAACUCAUCUCUCAAGCAACCCCACAUCUUCUUCACACAAGCACCCCUCGCUCUUACGCUACAAAGUACAUCAAGUACUUGCUCUCCACUAAAAAGACUACCUACACAACACAUCACCACACAAACUCCACAACCAUGCCUGCCCUCGUCCAACCCGAGAUUCUGCGUCGUGCAGUCGAAGACCCUUAUGCCAUCGCCUACGAAGCCAUGUCCCUCGUUGCGCGUGCCAAAGACAGCAAGAAGGCCAAGGGUGGCAAGAAGAAGGUCAAGGUCUCCGGCGGAGCCAUCGCUGGUAUCGUCAUCGCCAUCAUCAUCGCCAUCAUUGUGAUCUGCAUCAUCGUGUGGUUGGUGAAGCGCAACCAGAAGAAGAAGAAGCCCGUUACCAGUCACUAAACUGCCCCCGCUAUUUCCGACAUCACGAAUGGGAUC